UCGAUUCCUCAGCAUCAUCUGCCUCAGCGCUCUCAGCCGCCUCCCUCCUCACGGAGUGAAGGUGACAGAAACACUGGAAAGCUCUGGCUGGUCAGACCCACAGACCGCCUCACGGACACUGUGGAUUCGUUUUUAAGGCGUUUAUCGGCCUGUAUUGGUGCUGCUAGACCAGUAGGGUGUGUAAGUUGCUCACUCUGUGCUGAGGUGAUCCGCCAUGACUCUGCAGUCUGCAGUAACCACUGGCAUCUUUGUAGUGUUUUCAUCAUGUAUGAUUGGACUGACUGCUGCAUCAUCAAGCUACCAGAAACCCAGCUUCCUAGAUAUUAACUCCUGGUGGUGGAACACUCCUAGAGGCCCUCAGAUAUUCUCCUGCCUCACUUACAUGGAGAAGAAUGUGCGGGUGGACUGCGAAUUCCCUGUGACCGACAAGAUCCCCGGGCCAUUCUGCGAGUUCAAACAGGAUGGACGCCUCAUGGGCACCACCUAUCCCAACAAUCCAGUCCACCUCAUCCCGCCCAUAGAGACCCGCCGGAGGGCUAAUGUCACGCUGGUGCCUCCAAACAUCUGCCGCCUUACCUGGAUGCCUAUGUCAGAGGACCGGGCGUACACCUACACCUGCAGAGUGUAUCAGGGGAGCACCUGGAAGGAGAAUAGUAUGGCCUUCAACCAGAGAAAUUUGCUGGUGUGCUCUGCUUUGAGUGUAGUAGCUCAUGUAGCACUGCUGAUCUUCAUGGUUAUGGUGUCGCUUCCCGUCUCUCUGGGGCUUCUGUCAGCAUGAACCACAGUGGCGGUCCGUGUUUGGCAGACUGUCCCUCCAGCAUCGCCAUUUCUUAUGUUUGUUCACAUGAUCCCUUUUGCAAACUCAUCACAUGAUGAUAAUGAUGUUCACGUUCAAAAUAAUUGGCUGUUUCGAAGGUACAGUUUUAAAAUGUUUCCAGUGUGACACAAAACUGUUAUUUUAGGCAGUCAAUUACAUGCUUUGAAGGUUGUUUUGAUCUGUAGGUCUCUUUACACACCCAGGUACAAGCGUUCACCAGUUGUGCACAACACUAGCAUAUGCGCGUAACAUCUACUAAGACGAAGCACAUUGUCGUAUAAAUAGCUGCUGCCCUCCCUUUAGAUAUAGAAUAUUUUUUAACCUAAUUUCUGUCUGCCACAUCUGCAGCAAAUGGUCAAUUAGACUGGACAACAAAUUUGACACAUUUUACCGGUACUUCAAAAACAGCAACAGGAAACACACUUAUAAACAGUCUCAGCAAUCUGGUCAGGGUUGCCAGAUUGGGCUGUAUCCCUGUGAAUAACAUUUUGUUUUACUAGCUGUGAGAAUAAUU